GGCGUAGCACGAUGUCACGGGUUGUAAUGAAUUGUACUCGCAAGUUACCGGGAUUUCGAAGUUGCUGCUCCAAGGCGCCAGAUUGGAUACACGGUACGGAUAUCACACUUAUAACUUAACACACACGGAAGGGUCAGUCAUCCAUCCCCAAGCCCCCGGGUCCCCCAGUACGGACGGCCAUGGAACAAAACACCCAAGCCGCGACCGCCCACAUCGCUGGUAAGAAUUUUGCCUUGAGCCCUUGACAUACCCCCGGCGUUGGCGAGAUUUUUCCCCUACAGUUCUCGGCUGAUCGCAAUGGAAACCCCACGUAUAGCGCCUAGCAAGAAGAAGGGGAAUAGGAAGAGGAAGAAUGGUGGGAAUACCGGCGGGAGACCUACAACUACACCUCAUCAGGGCGGCCCAAACUAUAGAGCCGACAAUGACAGUGAGGUCGAAGUGGCUGACGAAGCACACAGCCCAUCUAGAGCUACGGUUGUUCGCUAUCCUUGCACUGAUCUCAGAAGCAUUUACUAAUAGCUGUGAUAGAGCAGCACAAAAAAAGAAGUGCCGAAUACCCCCAAAGGCCUUUCCUUAGCGUUCGAUGUCGAUGGAAGUGAUAACGAGACUGCUGUGAAUCAUACGGGGAGCAGUGACGCCGCAAGCGCAAGAUUGCGAGAAGAGUUGGAAAGGGAAAAGAGGAGAGCUAGAGAGCUGGAAGAAUUGGUGGAAAGUAUGAAGAAGGAUGCUGCGAAGGUGAGGGAGCCAGAGGGUCCUGGGUCCGUGAAGGAACCAGGGGCUCAAAAUUCGCUCAAAAAACACAUUGAGGGUCUGGAAAUGGAGCUCUCAAGACGGCAAGCAGAAGCCUCAGCACUCCGCAGAUCUCUUACGGAUCAGAAGGAGGCGAGUGCAAAGGAUCUAGAUGACACAGAAAAACUGCUAGCCAAGGUGCAAGAAGAAAAGCAGACUCUCGAUACACAGUACAAGACGCUACUUGGCCGAGUAGCAACCAUCAAGAGUACCCUUGGUGAGAGGCUGAAGUCGGAUGCCGUAAGUAGGGAUUAGCUUGCGAGUUCAGAGCAUUGAAGCUGAUCCUCUGAUGUACAGGAAGAACUUGAGCGCUGUAGAGGCAUGGUGGAGGAGCUAGAGGACCAAAACCGAAGUCUUAAUGAGAGCAUCAAAGAUCUGCAUGGCCAGCUGGGGAGAUCGCAAGAGACCAGUAAGGAAGCCUCGAAGGAGUUAACUAUUCUCCGGAACCGCAUGAACCUUUCUCAACAGAACUGGGCAAAGGAACGGGAGGACCUGAUUAGCGCAGAACAGUUUUUGCGUGAAGAAUAUGAAACUACUAAGCACGCUAUGCAGGAUUGGGAAGUCAUUGCCCUUGAGGAGCGAGCCGUUCGCGAGUCGUUGGGAGAGCGGCUCAUUGAGCUUGAGGAUCAGAUAUCCACCCAGAAAGCAGCAUAUGUUAAGGCUGUCGCAGAGAAAGAGAGGGAAUCUAACGCAGCCGCUGGUCUACAGAGAUCCCUGCAAGAUAUACAAAAUGGUGUGUGAGCUGCUACUUUUUCCUGAAUCUCUUUUUUCUUUUUUACUGACAUGGGGGGGAAGCUCGUAAACAAGAGCUUAGGGAGGUUGUUGAGAGUACGCAAGCUCAAAUAUCUCAACUCAGCCAGAAAGGAGAGAUCCUGGAGAAACGUACGAAAGAAGUAGAGGUACGGUUCGGACAAAAUCAUAAACUACUGCGGAUAUGACUGACCAGGACCAUAGUCCCAACUGCUCCAAGCACAAAAAGACUUUGAUCGUGUUUCACCCUUUGAAAAGGAGGUUAAGGAAAAGGGUCUUUUGAUCGGGAAGCUUCGGCAUGAAGGUAUAUGUCGUGUCAUGCAUAUUUCAUACGGAACAUAUCCUAACGCAUAUUAUGCUGAACUAGCCGUUACAUUGAACGACCAUCUGCGGAAAGCUCUUCGGAUGCUCAAGCGUGACAACGCGGACGACAAGAUUGAUAAGUAAUUGACUGAAAAUCCCAUGCUCAUGCUCGUAAUAAUGCUCGCUAAUAUGGACAUAGGCAACUAGUUACCAAUGUCUUCCUCCAAUUCGUGAGCAUUCAGCGAGGUGACACGAAGAAAUACGAAGUACUGCAGUUAAUCGCUUCUGUCCUUGAUUGGAAUGACGGUAUGACACUCCCCCACUACCUCUAGUUAUGCUUACUGAAUAAAUCUCCUUCCUUGACAGAACAACGUGAAAAGGCUGGGUUGGUUCGCCCAGGCACUGCAGCAAAUUCCUCCUCCAAUACUACUCUCAAGACACCUCCGUUAACCCUGUUCCAUCGCUCCCCAAGCACACCUACUCUCGGCGACGCGUAUGAUGGAAGUAAGGACGUAAGUUUCCUGAUAUACCCACUAGUUUUGCUCUUCCAGAUUAUCUUACCCGCUUCUAGUUAUGGACAUCCGUGUUUGGCUCCGAAAAGGCAUGAUUUUAUUCCUCUUCGUCUUAAUAUUCUCAGCUUCCCACUGUAACAUUCUGCACUCUGUAAAUAUACUGGGGAUAUAAAUAGGAGUUCAUGGACUUGUUGCUAGCUGUUUAGUUUUGUUUUUCCCUCCUUCUCCUUGCCACUGUAGCAUGUGUGUUUCUCUGGCUUCUGUUUUUUUCUUUUUCUUUCUUCCCUCGGAACAUUGCUUGGACAGCCAAUGGCUUCAUGAUCUAUUAGACUGCUCUAUCAGGGCGCUCUCCCAGUUCCCAUGUGAGAGCGGCUCGCAAUAAUCACAAACCCAUGGGCGG